AUGGUGUUGCCGCCCCCCGACAAACGCCAUGUGUGCUUAACCACCAUUGUUAUCAUGACCAGCAUGGCCUUCAUGGACGCCUACCUGGUGGAGCAGAACCAGGGUCCCAGAAAGAUCGGCGUAUGCAUUAUAGUGCUGGUCGGAGAUGUCUGUUUUCUCAUCGUGCUACGCUACGUGGCCGUGUGGGUCGGGGCCGAGGUCCGCACAGCCCGGCGAGGGUACGCCAUGAUCCUCUGGUUCCUAUACAUCUUCGUGCUGGAGAUCAAGCUCUACUUCGUAUUCCAGAAUUGCAAGGCAGACAGGAAGAGUCUGGAAACGGUAGCCCGGAAGGCAUUGACGUUACUGUUAUCGGUGUGUGUACCCGGUUUAUACUUGGUUCUCGUGGCUCUUGACAGCAUGGAAUACGUGAGGACUUUCCGCAAAAAGGAGGACAUGCGCAGCCGUUUGUUUUGGGUGGCGCUGGAUUUACUGGAUCUGCUGGACAUCCAAGCAAAUCUGUGGGAGCCUCAACGCACAGGCCUCCCAAUCUGGGCUGAGGGCUUAAUGUUCUUCUACUGCUACAUUUUGCUCCUCAUUCUCCCCUGCGUAUCACUCAGUGAGAUCAGCAUGCAGGGAGAGCACAUGACUCCCCAGAAGAUGAUGCUAUACCCGGUCCUAAGCCUGGUCACCAUCAACAUGGUCACUAUCCUGAUCCGAGGGGUCAAUAUGGUGCUCUUCCAGGACAGCCGAGUCUCCACUAUAUUUGUCGGCAAGAACGUGGUAGCAAUCGCCACCAAGGCCUCCACAUUCCUGGAGUACCGCAGGCAGGUGAAGGAGUUCCCACACCCACAAAACGCCAUGGCCAUGGAAUUGCAGCAGAACUCGGUCAGCCACACGCAAACGCUGCCCAACGCCACUACUUUGCCACAUGAACCCACACCAACGCAGGAAGUCAUUGACACAUGA